UGACAAUCGCGUCAUGUGACAAGCAUAUUUGUUUUUGUUGUUGACAUUAAUGAAUCUGUCAAAAAAAGGUACAUAUUUUUUUAAUUUAAAAAAAUAAUGUUUCGAUCAUUAAAGAGAAAAAUUAUUUUUACUAUUCUAAUAUCAUACGUUGUUGCCGAUAAUUCCAAUGAAUGUUCAUGUGGAAAAAAUUUAAAUAGAGAAAAAUGUGACAAGACUAACGGUGAUUAUUGUCAUAAAAAUAAUGAUAACUUUAUUAUCACUAAUAAUGAGGAUUUGAAGAGUCAUUUUUUACACAAUGCUGAUGAUAAAGAUAAAUAUUCAAAUAUGGUGAAAAUUGAGAGUGAUUCUUAUUUUAUUGGUACAAAUGAGCCGGUGUUUGCUCCAGAUGGAGAAGGACCACGACGUGAAGUUAUUUUAGAUAGUUUCUAUAUUGAUAAAUAUGAAGUGAGCAAUGGGGAUUUUAAGAAAUUUGUGACUGAAACUAAUCAUCAGACAGAGGCGGAGAAAUUUGGUGAUUCCUUUGUAUUUGAGGGACUUUUGAGUGAGAAAUUGAAAUCAACUAUUGAUCAGGCUGUCAAAGCGGCUCCUUGGUGGUUACCUGUUAAAGGUGCUUCCUGGAUUCAUCCCGAAGGCAAUGAUUCUAAUAUAACAGAUAGAUUAGAUCAUCCGGUGGUUCACGUUUCCUGGCACGAUGCAUCAGCAUAUUGCAAAUGGCUUGGAAAGAGAUUACCGACAGAAGCUGAGUGGGAAGUCACAUGUCGUGGUGGUCUGAAGGAUCGUCUUUAUCCUUGGGGAAAUAAACUAACUCCUAAUAACGAGCACAGGACAAAUAUAUGGCAGGGAGAAUUUCCAGGCAGUAAUACAGGAGAAGAUGGUUUUAUCGGCACAUCUCCAGUCACAAAUUUCCCUCCAAAUAAAUAUGGUGUUUACAAUAUUGCCGGAAAUGUUUGGGAAUGGACGUCAGAUUGGUGGCAAAUUGAUCAUUCAAAGACUGAGAAAAAAAAUCCGACUGGAGCGGAUAAUGCACUUGACAAAGUGAAAAAAGGUGGAUCCUAUCUUUGUCAUAAAAGUUAUUGUUAUCGAUACAGAUGCGCUGCUCGAAGUCAAAACACUCCAGACACAUCCGCUGGAAAUGUUGGCUUCAGAUGUGCCGUUUCUGCAUAAAAUCAACGACUGUUAUUUGUAAAUAAUUUUCAUCAAUUUUUGUACAUUCAAUUUUUAUGUAAAUAAAUUUAUUUAUAUAACUAUUGA